CAUCUUCUCUUGCACGAUGGCCCCAGGGCAGGUCCACAUGGCGGCUCCUGUUUGCCUAAUUGAGAACAUGCCGGAUGGGAAGCUUGUGGUGAACCGGGAGGCUGCCGAGCUGCUUGCCAGGAUCCGCCAGCCAGUGGUGGUGGUAGCCAUUGUGGGGUUGUACCGCACUGGCAAGUCCUACCUCAUGAACAGGCUUGCCGGCAAGAGAAAAGGUUUCUGUUUGGGUGCCACAGUGCAGGGGCUCACGAAGGGCAUCUGGAUGUGGUGCCUCCCUCACCCCCACAGGCCUGACCUCACACUGCUGUUGCUGGACACAGAAGGGUUGGGUGAUGUGCAGAAGGGAAACACACAGAACGACUUGUGGAUCUUUGCCCUGGCCAUUCUGCUCAGCAGCACCCUGGUGUACAACAGCAUAGGCACCAUUGACCAAAAUGCCCUGGAGAACCUGCACUAUGUCACUGAGCUGACAAAAAAGAUUAAAGCAAAAGCUUCCUCCGGGGAAGAUACAGAGGAGGAGAACUCUACCGAAUUUGUCCGUUUCUUCCCAGACUUCAUCUGGGCAGUGCGGGAUUUCACACUACAGCUGGAGAUAGAUGGACACCCCGUCACUGAUGAUGGGUACCUGGAGAAUGCCUUGAGACUGCAGAAAGGUAAUACUGAGCAAAUCCAGAGGUGCAACAUGCCCAGGUCGUGUAUUCGCAGAUUCUUUCCUUCGCGGAAAUGUUUCACGUUUGACCGCCCAGCUAGCAGGAAAAAGUUGUCUCAGCUGGAGGAACUGGAAGAAGAUGAUUUGGAGGAAGAUUUCUUGGAGCCAGUGGGUCGUUUCUGCCAACACAUCUGGGAGACAUCUCGGCCGAAGACAGUACCGGGAGGCCAAGUUGUGACAGGAAUAAUGCUUCAGAACCUGACGAAGACCUAUGUCAAUGCUAUCAACAGCGGGGAUUUGCCCUGCUUGGAGAAUGCCGUGCUGGCCCUGGCAGAGAUUGAGAACGCAGCAGCUGUCUGCGAUGCCAUUUCCUCUUACGAAGAGCAGAUGGGGCAGCGGUUGAAGCUGCCCACGGCCACCGUCAAUGAGCUGCUGGCGGUACACGCCGAGUGUGAGAGGGAAGCCACUGGCAUCUUCAUGGCCCGUGCCUUUGGGGAUGAGUUGGUUAAAACAUCACAAAAGAAGCUUGAGCAAGAGCUGAAGCAGAAAAAGGAAGAGUUCUGCAGGAAGAAUGAGCAGGCGUCUUUGGACCGCUGCUUUGCUGUGCUGACUGACCUUUCCCAGGAGCUAGAAGAUGAGCUCCGGAUGGGAAUUUACUCUGUGCCUGGUGGCUACCAGCGUUAUCUGGAGAAACGGGAUGAAGUAGAGAAGAAAUACCACUUGGUACCUGAGAAAGGCAUUCAGGCAGACAAAGCUCUUGAAGAAUUCCUGAAAUCCAAGCAGACUGUGGCAAACUCACUCCUUCAGAUGGACCAUGCCCUGACUGACAAAGAAAAGGAAAUUGAGGCCCAGCGUGCUCAGGCCGAAGCAGCCCAGCUGCAGCAGAAGCUGUUGGAACAGGAGCAGGCCAGACUAAAGCAAAUGGUGGAGGAUGAGAAGCGAAGCCACGACGAACAGCUCCAGCUGUUGAACGAGAAGAUGGAGCAAGAGAAAAAGUUGAUGGAAGUGGAAACAAUAAAGAUGAUACAGCAUAAACUCAAGGAACAAGAGGAACUGCUGAAGGAAGGAUUUCAGCAGAGGGCCAAUGAGAUGGAAAGUGAAAUCCAACGUCUCAAAGAAGAAAGUCAGAACUCCAAGAUGGCACUUGUGCUAUCUGCUAUAGAAAAAGGGCUGUCAGCUGCAUCAUCUAUAGCAACACAACUUUUGCAGUACAGGAUGCAGAGCAACAUGCUUUCCAGUGCUCUAAAUCAACAAAAGAGUGAAAGUCCACCAAAGAGUGUAAAUAGCACACCAAGGAGUAAAAACCCACCCAAGAAUGUAAGGAUCCCACCAAAGAAUCCAAAGAAAUAGUUCCAGCAUGGGAAUAAAUGGGGCUAGUUGUUGUUAAGUUUGCUGCUGACUUCCUUAUCUUAUCACCACAUCCACACCUUCAUUGCACUGUUGUGUAUAGAUCAGUGUUCGAAAUUCGCCAAGCUCAUUUUGCACCCGGCUACUGGCCACUUUGAGAACAGGUGAAGGUGGAUGCCUGGGGAUCCUUG